AUGAGGCUCUCAGUUCUCUCCAGAUAUAAAAUUAUAAAGUUAGGUACUAGUAAAACAGGCUUUUCAAAGGACGUGCAAGACCCGCACUGUAGUCAUUUGCAAAGUAAGAGAGGGAUGACCCCGCCCCUCAACAUGCCAGGAGGAGUGGUACCAGAUUACCAGAUUGCAGUCAAGACUGAUAGUGACAUGUUAAGAACGCCAUUAAUAGUUGAGAAUUAUGGGAAGAGGGGUUCAUCAGAUGGGGAUCAAGCGAUGGACAAGAAAAACCGUAAAAAGGAUACAAAUCAUAUCAAUAAUCAUAUAAAACUCAUCACAAAGGUGAAAUUUGAUCUAGUAUACCAUAUGAGACUACAUACUAAGGAGAUGCCAUAUAGCUGUGAGAUUUGCAAUAAGGUCUUCCUAUCCAAAUCCAAUUUAGAAAUGCAUAUCCGAAUACAUACAAAUGAGAAGUCGUACAGUUGUGACAUUUGUAACCAGGCCUUCUCAAGGAAAUUUCAUCUAGUGUGCCAUAUGAGAGUACAUACAAAGGAGAAGCCAUACAGCUGCAAAAUUUGCAGCAAGGCUUUCUCACAGAGAAGUUGUCUAGUGAGACAUAUGAGAGUACAUACAAAGGAGAAGCCAUACAGCUGUGAAAUUUGUAGCAACGCUUUCUCGCAGAGUAGUCUAGUGAGCCAGGUAAGAGUCCAUACACAGGAGAAGCCAUACAGCUGUAAGAUUUGUGACAAGGCCUUCUCGGAGAAAAAUGAUCUACUGAGGCAUAUAAGACUACAUACAAAGGAAAACCCAUACAGUUGUGAAAUUUACAAUAAGGCCUUACUAUGCAAAAUUGAUCAAGUAAGGCAUAUUCGAAUACAUACUAAUAAGCCGUAUACAUGUGAUAUUUGCAGACAGGACUAG